CGUGUCGGACCUAGCGGAUUUAGUGGCCGCGCGCGUUCACGAACGCGUGCGUGUUGUCCCCGCAGUCCUGGCGUCAGAGUUUGCAGUGAGAGUCCGCUCGCCUUGGAACGCGUUUCCUCUCAGGCUGCAGGCCGCGGCGGGUUGUCGUUCCUGCGUCUCACGCGCCGCUGCUCUGUCACGCUGCUGAACUCCAGGUCUUUGUGUUGACGGAACUACAUUUCCCAGAGUCCACCGCGAGCUGCGCGCGGCGGCGCGGUUGAUAACAGACUAUUGCGCAUUUCUGAGAAGCGAGGCCGCAAACAAAGCACGAGGCGUCUCGACGCCACGGCAGCGUCCAACCGCCCGGCAAACACGGCGCCACAUCAGCGACCUGGCGAGCUCGCGUGUGUGACGUCAGGAGUCCGUCACGUGACGUCGCACUGGCCGUAACCUGCCCGCGACUUCAGAAGCCGUAUUCAUCGGUCACUUGGGCGAGUGUUGGCAGGGCGGCCGCACAACGCCAACACACCACACCCGCGGUUCUCGUCCUUCACCAGAGGAAACGGAACCAAACACCUUUUGGCCCACGGCGGCUUCCCUAGUCACGUGACUGGCGCCUCGGCGGUACGACAGUUUCGCCACAAUAUUAUGUUGUGAGAGACGCACACCGGGACCACAGACCCUCUCACGGGACCCUCGACGCGCGCGCUCACUGACCAGCAGGAACAAAAGCAGCGCGCUGCCAGGACUUUGGACUGGAGGGCGCAGAAUGACCACGCGCAGCCACUGGCCUUCCGCUUCUUGCAAAACAUUCUUGGGGCAAAUUGAGUCCUUUGGCGCUCAAGUGAUUCCGCACGAACCACAGUAAAAGCUGAAAUGACGGCAUGCAGACGGCGCGCGAGCCUCCGUCGCUGCUGUGGGGCCUGGAUCCGGUCUUCAGCGCGUUUGCAAGACUUUACAUCAGAGACGUCCUGGAGAUGAGCGAGUCGACUCAGGUGCCAGGUGUUUACUUCUUCAACUCUCGACCGAUCUACAAGGUCCAUGUUCUGGGCACGGUGGUGUCCAGGAGAGAGCGCGAGGACUUCUUCUGCUACGGAGUGGACGAUGGAAGCGGCGUCAUCGCAUGUCUGUGCUGGAAGAGUGACCUGAUGAAGGAGCAGCUGGAGCCCAGCACAGGAGGGCGGCAGAGCGACGCAGCAGCCGGUGGAUUUGAUCCGGCAGCAGAGCUGAGGAAGCUGAAACAGGCUCAGGAGGAGCAGAGUCGUCUGGAGAUCGGAGAGCUGCUGCGUGUGCGAGGAGCAGUCAAGACCUCCAGAGGGCAGAGGGAAAUCAUGGCCUCGUGCUUCUACAAGGUCAGCGACCCUGUGAUGUCGGUCCAGCUCUCAUGGAUGUCAGAGCUGCCCCUGCUCUACAAGCAGGUGUACGAGCGGCCGCUGGAGCUGAAGGACCACAGAGACGUCAGCCUCCUCACCAGAGCCACCGACGCCGUUCGCGUCUUCCUGGAGGACAAGCCUGCGGUCACAUUCCGCCCCUAUGAUGUCCAGGAUCUUCUGCUGCCACUGGUCAGCACGCGCACUCCGGCGGAGCAGGAGCCGGCCCCGGGUCCCUCAGUCUGCUCGCAAGUCUCUGCGCUUCUCAAGCAGACGUUGAAAGUUCUUCAAGAAGAGGGUCUGGUGUACCGCAAGGUCCUGUCCCAGGACCAAGUCUACUGUGUGACGCUGAAGGAUCUCGACCUGACCAUGGCAGUGAGAGACAUCGUCCGAGAGGACUGCCAGCGAGACAAGUAUGCAGAGAAGGGCGUCCACCUGCUGCACAUCCUGUCGGCCGUGAGGCGGCGCUACAGUCCCAACGUGAGCAAGGCGGCUCUGGAGAAGGUCCUCAGCUCUCUGGAGUGCAGCAGUGACGUCAUCAGCUCCGGCAACAACUACUACCUGGCUUUUGUCAUGUAAAGACUCCUCUCUGGAGAUGAGUCCGCGGUGUCAUGGCAGGUUUCAAACCUGACUGCUGAGCGCCCUCUCGCUGGCCUGGCUU